AUGAAAUCAUUCAUAGUUAUUGUUCUUUCUGUUCUAUUACUUUGCCAAUUUCAAGAACAAAUUGAUGCCGGUCCAGCUGCUGGUGCUACGUGCUGUGCAGGAUGUUGUGCAAGUGCUUUAGCAGUUCCAGUUUUAGGGCCCGGAGCAUUAGGUGCUUGUCUACCAACAUGCUUAGCAACAAUGGGUGGAUUUCCACCUCCAUGCGUAUUUUGUGCAGCACUUUUUCUGGCCCCAACACCAUGA